AUGUCUACUCCUAAAGUUCAUAAGAUAGCACAAGAGGGUUUUGGUGCUGGAACUAACGAGUUGUACGAUCGAAUUCGUCCAUCUUAUCAACCCCCUGCUCUAGACUUUAUUCGCGAAUCUCUAAAGGGGGUAGGCCCAUUCAAUAUUCUCGAAAUCGGUUCUGGAACUGGUAUUUUCACUAGGGCAAUUCUCGCCGAUCCCAAGUGGAAUCCCUUGAUCAAGGAAUUGAAAGCGAAGGAGCCAAGUGCAGGGAUGCGAGAAGUGUUUUCCAGGACAGUGAAGGACGAACGCGUCUCUACUUCAGAGGGCUUUUUCCAUGAUACAGGAAUUGAAGAUGAAUGGGCUGACCUCAUCGUCAUUGCGCAGGCUUUUCAUUGGUGCCCAGAUUACGAUGCAGCAUCAGCUGAGUUUGAUCGAGUCCUUAAACCCACUGGAACUCUUGCUUUCAUAUGGAAUCUAGAAGACAGAGAUGGCGCACCUUGGGUUGCCAAAGUUAGGGACCUUUACGAGUUGUAUGAACAGGGAACACCACAGUUUCGGCAUGAGAAAUGGCGAGCAACAUUCGACACCCCGUCUUACCAGAAAGCUUUCGAGCCGCCAAGAGAAAAGCAAUGGACCUACAUUUUGCAAGGAACAAAAGAGGGCGUUGUGGAUAGGGCAUCAAGCAAGAGUUACAUUGCCGUAUUACCCGACACCAAAAAGAAGGAGGUCCAAGAAGAAAUUAGAAAGAUAGUCGAUGCUGACUCCGAAAAAAGAUGGAUCGACGAGCCGAAGGGUAUUUUUGAAUACCCUUACAAGUGUUGGGUAGUCCUUGCACACAAGAAGCAGGUCUAA